AAAUCUUUUGUGUUUAUUGUGGGAGUUGCAAUUAAUAACAGCAAUCUGCGUAAAUAUUCAAUGCUGCUGUAUUAUUUUUUGCUAGGUUUUAACAAACCAGAAUAAAUAUUUGUUUUUUCUUCGGGUGUAGAUAACGUCAAACUCUGCUAUUUAUGUUGAAUGCAGACGGUAUCAAGCAGAAAAUUUCCACUUUGCAACAGUAUCAGUGUCAGACAGUAUUUCGCAUUUAGUCAUCGAUCUUUAUUGUUUUGGUAUUGUAUCAAAAUCGGUAAUUGUAAUUCGUAAAUUAUUGGUAAUAAUUGAAGAGGAAACUGGGGAACAAUCUCCCAUCUUGCUUCAAGGACUUUCUUUUAAAUAUCAUUAUUAACAAAUAAUGGAAGAUAUCACUCCUCUUACGAAUCUUCAACAGUCGUAGGAACAUAAUAAAUCUGUGAUUAUUACUUUCAUAUCAGUUUCGGUUACUUUAAAAUCAGAUCCAAUAAUUAAGAAGAAAAUGACCGAACGUCAACCUCUUUUGCUUCAGUCGGAAAAUACUGCGUCGGAAGGAAGAUAUCCACCCCGACCAGAUGUUCGAAAUUCUCCUGAAAAUACAUUAGUAAAUGUUCAAAGUGAAGAAAGCAUUGCAGGCUCAAAUGAGAGUUUAGACAAGUCCACUUAUAAUCCUUCUUUGCACCGGACUUUGGAGCAUCCCACCUCGAAUUUUGACACGUUAGUGCAUUUACUAAAGGGUAACAUCGGCACAGGAAUUUUAGCAAUGCCAGAUGCUUUUAAAAACGCUGGCCUUUAUGUUGGACUAUUUGGUACGCUAAUAAUGGGAGCGAUUUGCACACACUGCAUGCAUAUGCUGGUAAAAUGUUCUCAUGAGCUCUGUCGAAGACUUCAACAGCCAUCACUCAGCUUUUCAGAAGUAGCGUUCUGUUCAUUCGAGACAGGACCCAGUGGCUUAARACGUUACUCGCACAUUGCACGGCGUAUGAUAACGACCUUCCUAUUUAUCACCCAAAUUGGAUUCUGCUGUGUAUACUUUGUUUUUGUGGCAUUUAAUAUAAAAGAGGUGGUGGACCAUUAUUUUCCACACAAUUUUAUAAAUGUUAAAGUUUACUUAACACUUAUUUUGCUUCCAAUGAUACCCCUAAAUCUGGUGCGCAAUCUCAAAUACCUAACUCCAGUGUCAUUAGCUGCAGCAGCACUUACCGUAUUAGGUCUAGCAUUCUCAUUUUUUUAUAUACUACAAGAUUUACCUGACACCGACACAGUAAAGCCCGUAGCAUCUUGGGCUCAGCUACCAUUGUAUUUCGGCACAGCAAUAUAUGCAUUCGAAGGAAUUGGUGUAAUAUUACCAUUGGAAAAUAAUAUGAAGAGACCUGAAGAUUUUGGAGGCUCAACGGGUGUAUUGAACACUGGAAUGACUAUCGUGGCAUGUCUGUAUACCACAGUUGGCUUCUUCGGUUAUUUGAAAUAUGGAGAGAAUGUGAAGGGCAGCAUAACAUUAAAUUUACCCCCYGAUCAAUUCAUUUCACAGAUGGUACGCAUAGCUAUGGCCGUAGCAAUAUUCUUAUCAUACACUUUGCAAUUCUAUGUACCUGUUAAUAUUGUUGAGCCCUUCGUUCGCAAUCAAUGCGAGGACCAACGCACAAAAGAUUUAGCCUCGACGGCACUUCGGAUUGUAUUAGUUGUUUUUACAUUUCUCCUGGCUGUUUGCAUACCAAAUUUGGGGCCAAUAAUCUCUUUAGUGGGAGCUGUCAGCAGUUCGGCAUUGGCGCUAAUUGCUCCACCAAUAAUUGAUAUAAUCACAUUCUAUCCUGUGGGUUUGGGCAAGUAUAAUUGGAUAUUAUGGAAAGAUAUUGCAAUACUGCUAUUUGGCUUAUGCGGCUUUUUCUUUGGUACUUAUGCAAGCUUAGAUCAAAUUCUCAACCCAGGAAUAAAUUAGUUACCUAUUUUAAAGACGAAACAUGUAUGAAUUUAAAUGUAUCUUAUCGAAAGCCGAWAUAGUAUAACUUACCGAGAAUUGUAAGUAAAAAGUAACUCAUUACAAAAAUAAGAAGUGUAAACAAAAAUAUAACAAACAAAUGUAUAUGCUAUGAAUUAUUUUGAUUUUGAGCUGUGAAGUGCUAUUUUUAUUAAAAAAAAUUAUUAUUAUAUUACUAAAUUGUUGUCCAGAUGCAUAAUUUAGUGGAUUUAAUUUCUGUAAAAGCACAUGAAAAAACGAUAAUGUCUAUUUAUUAACCAUUAACAAUGUAAGCUAAAAUCCUUUAUUUAUAACAAAAACAAGCAAUUAAGAUAUAUCAGUUGCAUAAAUACAACUUCUGCAUGUGCGUGAAUUAUUUAGAAGUUUUACCUUCCACAAGUCUUAAGGGGUUAGGGGUAGUCAGAGGCACGAAAAACGUGUUAUUUUACAAAAAUAGUAAUAUGGCAUUAUUAUAGA